AUGGACAUUCAAUUGCACUUGUUUUAUGGAUACACAGAGUGCAUCUGUCCCUGCGGAUACCCACGGCCUGCGAGGCCAGAUGCUCCAGUUCCCAGCUCCAGAAAAAGGCCUGGCUCUGGGAUCACGGAAGCCACGUCCUUUAGGUGUCAAAGGCCCACCCGCCAGUCCCAGGGCCAGUUACUAGGACAGGAAAAGAGGGUCCUGAAGGCCAUAGAAGGCAUCGCGAACCCCAGUUGGGGCCGGGGAGGAGCAGAGUCCCCACUCCGCGCCUUACUUACCUCGUUGGAGCCUCGGGGUCUCCGGGCGGCGAGUCGGGGGACGCGCUGCCCGCAGAGCGGUGGCUGGGGUCGGGCGCCAGCCCGGCGCACAGCCCCCUCCCCCGACUCGGCGCCGCCCCUACCCCAAAGCAAACGCUGGAGAACCCGGAAAUUGCCCAGAACGGGAACCGACUUUCGCGCCAACCGCGCGGCUGCGCUCGCCCUUUCCGGUGGAAGUGACGCCAUCCGCAGCUGCGGCAGGAGAGCGGAAAUGUCAAAAGUGGAGAGCCUAAAGAUAGUAGUGAGCAGCUUGAGUCUUAAGUGUUUGAAUACAACAAUGGAAGGUGACAAGGAUUCUUUGCUUGGCCAAACUUUAGUCAGACUCCGCAACUUUCUCGUAGGUUUAUCUGUGUAUUUCCUUGGAAAAUCCAGUUAGAACCCUCCAUGCUCAAUAUCUGAUCAGGUUCCUCAUCCUCUACCAUCCUUAGGUGAUGUCUGAUCACCUUCACCUAUUUUCAGCAAGAAACCCCUUUACUACUGAAGUUCCUUCUUAGUAAUAUUGUAUCCAGUGACCCCAAACUUUUGUUCCUUGGCUAUAAAUUCCCACUUGCCCAUGCUGUAUUUAAAGUUGAGCCCACUCUCUCCUAAUUCGGCAUCCCAUUGCCAUGGUUGCUAUACGUAUCCUGAUGGUCCUGAAUAAAAUCUGUCUUACUAUGCUUUAA